ACUCAAAAAAGCAAGUCACAUUCUUCAGUAGUAUACACACACGCGCGCGCGCGCACACAGAAAUCCUGCUGCUGCGCUCUGGCACGCUCUCGCGCUGUUUAACGGGAAACCGCUUUUAGGCGCGCGAGACGAUACGAGAAGCACGAGACAGCUCGAAAUGCGCUCUGGAGAGCAAUGCUUAAGGCUCGCGGCACUGCUCGUGCUGCCGUCGUGUUUGUUGUCCUUUAACGUGGACGAGAAGAACGGGAUGUCGUUCAGCGGGCCGAUAGAAGACAUGUUCGGUUACACCGUGCAGCAGUUCAACAACAGCGAGGGCAAAUGGGUUCUGAUUGGUUCUCCUCUGAAGGGACAGCCAGCCCAGCGGACCGGAGACGUCUACAAAUGCCCUGUGGGUCACGGCAGUUCUUCCAGCUGUAUAAAAUUAGACCUGCCUGCGCACACAACAAUCCCAAAUAUACACGAAGUUAAAGAGAAUAUGACCAUGGGCACGACGCUGGUGGCCAAUCCGGAUGGGAACGGAUUUCUGGCGUGCGGUCCUCAGUACGGCUACAUGUGUGGAAAUCAGCAGUACAUCACGGGCAUCUGCUCCAACGUCAGCUCCUCCUUCCAGGUGCUCAACUCUAUCGCCCCGACCAUCCAAGACUGUAAGCAGGACAUGGACAUCGUCAUCGUGCUGGAUGGAUCCAACAGCAUUUUCCCUUGGAAACACAUCACAGAAUUUCUGGUCAAGUUUCUCAAAAAGAUCGAAAUCCCUCCAGCCAGGGUGGGCAUUGUGUCAUACGGAGAUGACGUCGGCCAUGUUUUUAACCUCAGCCAGUUCUCUAACACAGAAGACCUGGUUAAAAACGCAGCUGGGAUCAAACAGAGACAGGGCUUAAAAACCAUGACAGCGCUGGGAAUCGAUACAGCGAGGAAAGAGGCGUUCACUGUGGAGCGAGGAGCCAGACCAGGGGUCAAGAAAGUCAUGGUGAUUGUUACAGAUGGAGAGUCACAUGAUGACUACAGACUGAAAGACGUCGUCAAAGACUGUGAGGAGGAUGGGAUCGAGAGGUUCGCCAUCGCUGUUCUUGGUGAUUAUAACCGACAAAAUAAAAGCAAAGAGGAAGUGAAUAAAUUCAUUGAACAAAUCAAGUCCAUUGCGAGCAAUAAAACAGACGAUCAUUUCUUCAACGUGGAAGACGAGCGGGCACUGAUCACCAUCGUCGAUGCUCUAGGGAGCAAAAUCUUUGCAUUAGAAGCUACGUCUGGGAAUCACACGUCGUCUUUUGAAAUGGAGAUGUCCCAGUCAGGCUUCAGCGCUCACACGUCUAAAGCAGGUGUGAUGCUGGGCGCAGUGGGAGCGUACGAUUGGAACGGCACCGUCGUCAUGCAGUCGGGUAAUCAGUUUGUAGUGCCCAAAAACAACAUCUUUCACAACCCUCUAGUAGAGAGGUACCAAGGCAUGGCCGGAUACGUGGGUUACGAUGUGCAGUCGGCAUACACACCCUCUGGAGUUCUCUACAUCACCGGAGCUCCCAGAUACAACCACACUGGCCGAGUUAUUGUGUACCGCUUCAACGGGGAGAAGGUCACGGUCAUGCAGAACCUCGAAGGAGAACAGAUCGGCUCGUACUUUGGCAGCGUCCUCCAAACGCUGGACGUGGACGGAGACUCAUACACAGACCUCCUGCUGGUGGGAGCUCCCAUGUUCAUGGGGCCUGAGAGAGACGAGCAGGGACAGGUCUACGUCUACAAGCUCAACACGGAGGGCAUGUUUGAACACGAGAUGACCCUGCGGCCGGUAAACCAGACAUGCUGCACGGCGCACUCACACGCUUCCUGUACGAGUGUGAACAAGAACGAGCCAUGCGGCGCUCGCUUCGGUACGUCCAUCGCCGCUGUUCCUGACCUCAACCUGGAUGGCUUUAACGACGUGGUGAUCGGGUCGCCGCUGGAGAAUGACCACCGGGGGGCAGUGUACAUCUACCACGGCACUGAGCACACGAUACGAGAAAAAUAUGUCCAGCGCAUAGCUGCUGGAGGUGACGGAGAGAAGAUGAAGUUCUUCGGUCAGUCCAUUCACGGAAUCAUGGACUUAAAUGAUGACGGGAUUAUAGAUGUCACUAUUGGAGGUAUCGGAGGGGCUGCGCUGUACUGGUCUCGGGAUGUUGCCACUCUCCACGCCGAGAUGAGCUUCGAUCCCAACAAAAUCAACGUGCAGCAGUCGACGUGUCAAAUCCAUGGCAAGAACACAGUGUGUGUGAAGACCAAAGUGUGUUUCAGAUACAAGAUCAAGUCCGAAAAAGAGACGAACCCAAAGGACCCAAAGACAUUGAUCCACUACACUCUGACUCUUGAUUCUCUGCGUGCCCUUGCGAGAGGAAGAUUUAAUGGUACAGAUGAGAGAAAAAUCCAGAAGAACGUCAUCAUCAGAGACUCUCUGUGCAAUGAACUCUCCUUCUACAUGUCGGACAAAUUGGACUUUAGGGAUCCUCUGAUGGUGUCUCUGGACUUUGGGUUAGUGGAUGUAGACAGGGGCCCAGUGCUGGAUGGAACGUUACCUACAUCACUCAAUAAAACGCUUGCUUUAGUAGACUGUGGAAAUGAUGAGAAGUGCAUCGCUGAUUUACACCUCCAAGCUACACCGAAUGUCAGCAGCCUUGUCAUUAAGGCCUACCAUGAGAAGUUCCAUGUCAGCAUUAACAUCAUGAAUAGUGGAGAUAAUGCGUACAACACCAAGGUCACACUCAGCACCACGGAAAACAUCAACUACGUCAAAGUGGAGCCUAAAGAUAAAGACUGUGAGUUGAAUCAUACCAAGGCUGCGUGUGCAGUAGGAUACCCUUUCCUCAAAUCCAAUGUAUCGGAAGUCUUCAAGAUUCUCUUUGAGGUCAAUCCAUCUCACAUUCGCAAAGACAUCAUCAUCAACGUCACUGCGACCACUGAUAGCGAAGAGCGCAAGUCGGUGCUUCAGGACAACUUUGUACAGAUCUCCAUCCCGGUGAUAUAUGAAGCCAGUCUGACCUUCACUGCGAAACUGAGCAUGAAGGAGAAUCAUAUAACCCUGAAGGAGGGAGAAACAGCACCGACUGUCAUCAACGACACCAGCAUGAUUGGAGAAGAGAUGAACAUCAGUUAUACGAUUGAGAGAGAUGCAGAGACACAGAGUCCUCCUCUCAGUCUGGCCAUCACGUUUCCAUACAUGACACAGGCAAAGAACAUCCUGCUCUAUCUGACUCGCCUCACUUCCUCAGCCAAUAUCAAAUGUAAUGCGCUCGUUAACCCUGAGAACAUCAGCCAGACAAAACAGUUCACCCAUAUAGCUAAAGCUGAGACACUCAGUGACUAUCUGUUGAGCUGUAAAGAGAACGCGAACCCCUGCAGGUCGUUCAGCUGUGAUAUUCCUCCUGCCAGAUUCAACCAGGUCAACGUCACCUUCAGAGUCUGGAAGCAGACGUUCAUCCACGGCGAGUUUUCCAGUCUCUUCUUAACAGUUCACGCUAAAUUGGAGAAUAAGGACAAGGCUUUCUUCCAGUUAAGCAAAAGCGACGAAAACAGAGAGGUGCGUGUGCAGAUCUCCAAAGAGUCCCGAGGUGGAAUUCCUUUGUGGAUCAUCAUCCUCAGUAUCCUCAUAGGACUACUAAUACUGGCACUGGUUAUAUUUUGUCUUUGGAAGUUUGGCUUCUUUAAGAGAAAAUCAGUGGAAGACAUGAAGGAGGAUAUGAGAGACAGUUAAAGGCUCCAGUCUUCAGGUCUGCAGCCUUCAAAAGCCCUCAGGUCAAACUCACACUCACAGACCCACAGAGAUGCUACACAUUACAGUUUAACAGAAUGGACCAGAAGCAUCACCAACAUCCACCUGAAGAUCUUGAUACGGAAGAUGUACUCUAGAUUGUUUGGAUUUUCAGGAUGGCUUCUCAACCUUGAAAGUCAGCAGUUGGACUUUGGGUUGUCGUCUUAUAUAUGCAUCAUGCUUUAUGCCUUUCAAAACCCAGCACAAGAGCGCCACAUUUUAACAUUGGAGUAAGCUAGUGUGAGUUAUCACUCAAAAAUAUGCCUUUUUUUCCCCCCAAAAAAAACAGCAGUUGAGCCAAUCGUCAUAUGAAUCUGGAAUGAUUGACAAUCGUGUAGGUGUUUUAAACUGUACGAUAUUUACCGAUGCCCCCUGAAAGCCCCGCCCCCUUCUCCCUAUCAUAUGCGCCCUCGCCAUCUGUCAAAGUAAAUGGAGAAUAUUUGGAGUUCAUUACCGGGAAAUAAAAUCUAUCAAUUUAUAUUACACUUGUAUGUACAGCUAACAUUAGACAAGAAUAUAGUGAAAAUCCGUUAGCUAUAUUUAUUAAAGAUGCCACUGAAAUCUUUUGGCCAGAAGAGAAAAAAGGCUGAAAAUCUACAAAUAAUCAUCAGACAUAUUCAAACAGCACACUCAAGCCCACUGCAGUAGAAACUGGAGUGUGCGUAUAUACAGAGUUUUAUGGUAACCACCAAGCCUUUUUUUGCCCCAUAAGCAUAGUGAUUACCGUAAAACCCUCAUGCAUAUGUGUACUCCAAUUUCUACAAGACAAGAAAUGUAUAUAUUAUUCCUCUUCAGGGUUAGCAGGUCUGCAAAGCCCAUUUGGUGCUCUAUGACCAACUUAACAGAAAUUGUGAUAUAGUAGUGAAUUUCAGCUAAAUGGAAAUCCAAAUCCAAACCAAAGCAGCUGUUUUAUAUAACUAUGUAUAAACCCUCAAAACAGAUCACAUCAAAUCUUCUCCAGUGCUCAGAGGCCAUGUUGUCUAAUCUAACCAUGCCAUUGGAUAUCUUUAUACCAAUGAAAAAUGACAAAAAGAAUGGAAAAUCCCACCAAAUCUGAAGAUUUCAUCAUAUCCUCUGCAUCACAUUUCACACCGGAGCUUCUUUAAUGCCCUUCAGCCAUGCCCUCAUGUCUCAGCUACACCAAUGGAGGCCUUUACAUGAAUAAACGACAUUUUUUUUUUAAUCGUAAAAUAUAUAUAUAUAUAUCAUUUGUGCUCAAUAUAUAGCUAGUGUUGUUUCUUUAAGGCUAACUGACUGUUUUGGCACAUUCCUCUGCUUUUAUGCAGCAUUUGACACUGAUAUUCAUGACAUUCUUCAAGUUUUUCCUCACCGAAGUGCUGGGGGAUCUGACUGAUUGUACUGUAAAUGUAUAUAAGAGUAAAAUUGUAUAUAGAGCGAUGUUUGCAAUAAUACUUGUAAUUUAAUGACUAUCAGAAUGAUCAAUAACCCCUUGUUCCUAUAGUAAUGGAAAACACACUCUACUGCAAAGUCCCUCGGGGGGGUUCAGAUUACUUAGAAUUCAAGUUAGUUUUUAGUAGCAACUGAAAAUCUGUAAAUUUCUUAAAAUUGGAAACAUUUAAUUUAAUUGUAAGUCUGCCCCUAUUUUUUUCUUUUUAAUUAGUGCUUUUUUUUUAUGUUACAUUCCGCUGAUGAGUUUGCUCACGAAACAACCUACUAUUAACAAAUGUUAUGCAGUGUACAUGUUUUCCAGUUGUUGUUGUUUUUUUAAAAAAAUUUCUGCUUUAUAAUAUUGCAUAGUUUUUCCAUCAUUGUUUCAGCUCUUGUCUUGGGCUAAUCAUGUGCCGAUAACCAGUUGUACAAUUUAUUGCGUUAUUCAACACAAACAUUGGCACUUCACUAUUCCUUCGUUACGUUGAUGUGAAGGCUGUAUGUUUUGAUUAACAGCCAUGUUUGGGUCAGAAUUCAUUUCCAUGAAUAAAAUCAGCUAGCUGAGGUAGCACCACCUGAAGGUAACCCACCGCAAUAAAGGUUCCUUUAAUGUUAAAAUGCUACCCAGUAAUAUAUGAUGAUCAAAGCAUGAAGAGAAACAAAUCAUUAUCAUUAUAUGACAAGACCAAAAUUGCGCAUUUAGAUCUCGAACACAACCACAGACUUAAGCACGAUUCAGAAGUCAGGAAAGAGUUUCGUAUGUGAGGUGGAGUUUGCCUGAAACGGAGGCAUAUAUUUAUGCUUUUGGACUGUAACAACACUCAAAGCCAAUAUUAAAUGUAUAAAUUUGACGCAGUGGUGCAGCAGGUAGCAUUGCUGUCUCACUGUUCCAGGGUUACCAUUUGAUCCUGAGCUCAGGUUACCAUGUGUGUGAAGUUUCAUAUGUUCCCUGUGUGUUAAUAUGGGUUUCCUCCAGAUUCUCUGGUUUCCUUCCACUGUCCAAAAACUUGCAGAUAGGUGGACUGGCUACGCUAAAUUGCCCUAGGUGUGAGUGUGUGUGUGUGUGUGUGUGUAUGGUGUCCUAUGAUGGCCUGGCUUCCCAUCUCUGUGUUACCAGGCUUGUUACCUCUGUGACCCUUACACAACCCAAAUAAUAGGAUGUGCAGGAUCAGGUGCUAUUCAGCAACUAUUCAUACACCAAUAUAUUAGUGAUGUACUAGACUCCUAUUAGAUAGAGUUUGAUCCUUGUCAUUUCCUUAUGUGUUACAAUUCAAUUAGAAAAGAAAAAAAAAACAGUUUCCUUCUUCAGUCCGUAUUUUCUAUCCCUGAUUUUUUUCUGUCUUAAAGGCAUGUGUUCGUGUUUAAAGGUGGUGGACUAGAUACUAUUAAAAAUCCUGUCUCUGAUGCUUCUACUGAAGAAAAUCUGGCAAUCUUAGAGGCAUAAAAUAUAUACAGGUAUUUUGGAUAAUGAAAUCAAACUUGAAUGCAUAUGAAAUGCAUAACUCAGCUCUGAAUACAUGUAACCUUGCCUGUGUAAAUGAUGUAAAUUUUGGAUGUUUUAUAAAUAACAGGACACCACAUGACUGCGUCAGCUCGUCAGCUCAACUGAAUGCUAGCAAUGAAUUAACUGCUGAAUUAAUUAACUUCAUUAAUUGUAUAUGACUUAUGCAUUGCUUAAAGUGCCAAUGUUUUCUUAUAACAAUAGGUUUUUUGCAUUUCUUUCAACCAAGUUACUGUUUGUAUGACAUCCUUCUUCUGCUCCAUGUCACCAAAUGGUACGGGAAUUACAGCUGCCUAUAAAUCUGACAUAAUUAAUCCGAAAAUCAGUUACAUUUAAUUGAGGUUUCCAACUGUGUGUCCAGACUAGUGUGUUGUACAAUCCACUGUUGUGAUUCAGGAUUUUUAAAACAUCCUCUCUGAGAACUGAAAAUGCAUUGUAAAAAGGCAUUUUCUAAUGUCUAAAAUGUAUUAAUGAUUCAAUUAUUCAUGUCUAGAUUGUGAAAAACUGUUUCUGUUAUUGUGUUUUUUUAACAUUUCUGAUUCAGCCUUUUAUUUCUUUUUUAUUUUUGUCCACUUUCUUUCUUAAAAAACACACAUGCUAUGUUGAAUUUUGUUUGAUUAUAUUAUACAUGAGCUCAUCCCCAUUGGCAUCAGCACUCCACUUCUGCAAGCACAUGUAUUAAAGAAAAUACAGGCACGUUUAGGGUGUGAGAAAGAGAGAUUUUUGUUUAAAGUCACUGCUGUGAACCAAGUAAUGCACUGGUUUUGUCAUACUGUGUAUAUAUUCCUCUUGUUAGCACGGAUUUGAAAAGGAUUGCACAUUAUGUCUGGAACAAUAUGCACAUGAAAUAAAUACGUGUUUGUUUGUUUUUUUAAUGA